CUGUCCUGAACUACUAACAGAGAAUCAGCAUUGCUGGGGUGGUAGGAGUGAGUAGUGCAGUUUGCUUGAAUCGAAACAACUCCCAAACUUCAGGAAAAUCAAGCAGCAGUGUUGCAUAGAAAGCUUCAGCCAUGGAUGCUGCUUUUCAGAGUAAGAAUGCUGAAAAUGUGAAGAGGUCAAUAUAUAUUGAGGAAAAGUCUACCAUUGGUGAUGAAGUGACUCUCAUUUUCUCAUUAAAGGAAGAAGUUGGUGCUUUGGCCAAAGCCUUGAGACUGUUUGAGGAAAAGGGUGUGAAUCUCACUCACAUUGAAUCCAGGCCUUCCCGCAUCAAAAAGGGACAGUAUGAGUUCUUCAUUGACCUGGACUGUAAAGAUAUCACUUGCCUUGAGGAGAUCCUCGACAGCUUGCAACAAGAAAUCAGUGGCACUAUUCAUGAAUUAUCACGGGACAAGAUAAAGGACACAGUUCCAUGGUUUCCUCGGACAAUUCAAGAUUUGGACAGAUUUGCGAACCAGAUCCUAUCCUAUGGAUCAGAACUUGAUGCUGAUCAUCCUGGUUUUACAGAUGCUGUGUAUCGAGCUCGUAGGAAGGAGUUUGCAGACAUUGCGUAUAAUUAUCGACAUGGCAAUGUGAUUCCCAGAGUGGAGUACACAGAGGAUGAGAUAAGAACCUGGAGUAUUGUCUAUCGAGAGCUGAAGACCCUCUACCCAACUCAUGCAUGUCAUGAACAUAAUCGUGUCUUUCCACUGCUGGAACAGUACUGUGGCUAUCGGGAGGAUAACAUUCCCCAACUUGAGGAUGUCUCCAAGUUCUUACAGUCUUGCACAGGCUUCCGUCUGCGCCCAGUGGCUGGCCUCUUGUCUUCCCGGGAUUUCCUGGCAGGUCUGGCAUUCCGUGUCUUUCAUUCUACACAAUACAUCCGACACGGAUUGAGACCGAUGUACACGCCAGAACCGGACGUGUGUCAUGAAUUGCUAGGGCAUGUGCCACUCUUUGCUGAUCCAAAAUUUGCCCAAUUUUCACAGGAAAUAGGACUUGCAUCUCUGGGUGCUCCGGAUGAAUAUGUUGAGAAGAUUGCUACGGUUUAUUGGUUCACAGUGGAGUUCGGUCUCUGUAAGCAGAAUACCGAGAUUAAGGCAUAUGGCGCAGGGCUACUGUCAUCCUUUGGAGAGCUGCAGUAUUGCCUAACAAAUGAACCAGAACUGCGUCCCUUUGACCCAGUAAAGACAGUUGAUCAGAAAUAUCCAAUCACUAAAUUCCAACCAAUCUACUUUGUUGCUGAAUCGUUUGAAGAUGCAAAGGAGAAAGUGAGGAAAUUUGCUGAAACAAUCCCUCGGCCCUUCUCUGUCCGUUAUAACUCUUACACCCAAAGUAUUGAAGUUCUGGACAACAUUGAACAGCUAAAGAACCUGGUUGACAACAUCAGCAGUGAAAUGGGAACUCUCUACCAUGCCCUCAGGAAACUUCAGUGAAAACGGCAAAUCAUAAUUACUUCCUGUAAAAGCCAAGUUAUCAAUAAGUGUGCGGGAACUCUUUAAAAUUGUACAGAAUGAGAACAGUGUAUUCAGCCACCAACCUGAUCACUUAUGCCUACCCAUCUCAUAUACAUUGUGUGCAAUUUGCCCCAUUCAACCCACUCAAUUUUCCAAGUGAGGUAGCCCAUUUUAGGGAAAACUUUGAAGAAGUUAGAGUCCUGUGACAUUUAUUUCCAAUUCAAAAGGUGAUUGUAAGGAUAUCAAUCUAACCUUGCAUCACCAAUUCUUUCAAGUUGACUAAUAAUAUUCCAGGGGUGAUACAUCCACAGUCCCGAGGUAUAAAAAGGCAUGUUGGAGGUAUUGCAUCUUUAUUGACAACCAUUCUAAUUCUUUGUAACUUGCAUUUUAUUCAUUUGCUUAUAUAGCAUUGAAGGCGAUUAUUCAGGUGUCAUAUCAUUGCUGCUUUGUUGAAAGAGAUGCUUAAUUAUUUUUGCCCAAGUAGUAGGAGCCCUCAUAGACAUGACGCUUUUUAAAAAAAAUUUCAAAAGUUUAUCGAAUUCAAAAUUGAAGGUGCGUAUUGAAUCAAUUUCCACUAUUUGUUCAGGCAAUACAUUCUAGAUUAGAUUAGGUUCAAUUAGAUUCCCUACAGUGUGGAAACAGGCCCUUCGGCCUAGAUCACAGCAACUCAAUGUGUCAAAUAAAAUGUAUCUUCAUCUUC